GCGUCGCUCUCAGUGAAGAUGUGUUGUGUUCUGCUGUACUACAUUCUGCCACGGAAACAAGGUGCCGAAAAUGCGCAUAAUGAAGUGAAGGUGAAUCAGGAGCAACAAUAGAUAGUCUUCUGAACCUUUGCGCAAGAGUCUCAAACAUUAGGAACAACAACGGCCAUCAUGAUAGACCUCAGCCACCUGAGCGAGGAGGAGCAGGAGAUGAUCAUGACUGUUUUAAAGAGGGAUGCCGACUUGAAGAAAGCCGAGGAGGAACGAAUAAAACAACUACAGAAAGCCGUCCCAGAGGAAGACAGACGCAAGUAUUUGUCAGGAGAAUGGUUCUACGAGGUUAAGUCACAGAGACACCAGGACAGGAUUCAUGGCUCUGACAUCAUAUUGGCAUCAAUGAAUCAAAGAAAACCAUCAGUUGUUGAGUAUUUAACCAAGCCAUGGGGUGGCAGAUCAAGAAGCAUCAGCAGAAAGGAUAGUGAUGGCAUCAUGACGUCACCCAAAAAAACACAAACUACUGAGUCCUCAGAGCAGCUAAAGGAAAGGGAAAACGGCGACAUAUUUGAGGUCCAGCAAGAAAACCUAAACAAAGGCAUAAGAUCACCAUCCAAGCCAAGACACAACCCAUUCAACAGUGUUCCUAUAGAGCUUGAUUUUGAGGAGACUGAUAUCCCCUUUACAUCAGGACCUGGACUCAGGAAAUCAUUAGACAGGGGCUUUGAUUCACAAGUAAAACAUCAGGAAGCAAGUAACAGUGAAGUUAAAAGCGAGGUCUCUGACACUAUACAAAACAGACCUCCUGCUCAAAAGCCUGUGCCAAAGAAGAGAACCAAAAUCAACAAACCCCAGGGCUCUAUCUCAGACAGCACCAGUUCUGUGUCCACCCAGAGCAUGUCCAGGCAGAGUGUGUCCACCACAGCAGGCUCAGGUAUCAGGUCUCCACCACCAAGAACUAUCCCCAAUCACAGCUCAAAUGAGCCAACUCUCAAAAGCCAACUGCGCCAACCAGUUGUAUCUCUAAGCCAAGUUAGCAAAAACACCAGCCAAGGAAAGGAUCCUGAACAAUCUAGACUUUCUCCAGGAAGUACAGAGAAAUCAAGUAGCAAAAUUAAAAACAAAGAGCCAUUUAGCUCCCCUUCACCAACGAAGUUGCCGAAAUCACGUUUACCAGUUAGAGCCUCAUCGCAACUAAUAAACCCUCCGUGGGGCUUACAAGAGAAGCCAAAGAUACAACCACGUCUAAGUCUGACCUCUAUCACAAGAGCAGAUGAUGGCAAGAAAGUAGAAGAACCUCUAAAACAAAGAAGAGAAACAAAGAGUUGCCUACCUCAGUCAAUAAGUGUGGAAUUGGAGGACCAAAACAUUUCUGGUGAAAUGCAUCUUCCCCGUGAGAAUGCAAUGUUUGCAUUGACUAACAACUCUAAAAAGCCAACGGAUGAGAUCACUACCUCUCAACCUACACAGCACAAGUCUGAGAAAGGGGAAAAUCAUGUGGCUCAGUUUCCAAAAUUGGAAGCAAUAAGAACUGAAGAAAAUAUGAAGAAAACUGCUGUUGGUCAACAAUUUCCCAGAUCCCUCAACAUAACAGAUCCAUUCAAUAAGGCAGAUGUCUCUUCUGACUGUGAGACUAGCAGCAACCCCCUUGCCUUCAACAUAAAACAAAAAACUAGUAACUCAAAACAGGAAAAUGCCAAACUGGAGGUCAUGACAGAUGAACACAUUCCGACACCUACUGAUGAACAAGGGGAUUCCAUUGCCAAAGUUCUUGAGUGGUUUAGCAGAAGCUCAGACAGCAGUGACAGGCUUGAUGUAGAGAGCAAUGUCCAUGAGGACAUGGAGGAGGGCACCAAGAUCGAUGACAUAGACUUUGAAGAUGAGGUUGAUCAGAGAUCUAAACCAAGGGAUAAUGUGUACUUGAUCAUACCAUGCCAGAGUGAGGAGAUUCCAUCAGAAGUCAAUACGAUGUUUCUACAACAGAAUGAUUGGGGUAAGGAACAGAGUGUUGAUGAGCCAACCCAAACCAUUCCAAAAGAACGAAGAUUUGAGUCUCACAAAGAACCUCUCAUCGGGAAUCUCUCUAUUGACUCUGCUCCUACUGCAAACAAUGUCCCUCCAAAGAUCCCAGAAGUGAAUAUUUCUGUAGGUGGGAAAGUAAGUCAAAAGGAGAACAAAACAGAAGCUUUUAUCAAAAGAGAGGAAGUGACCAAAGUUCAACUGGAAAACAUUGACAUCAAGCAUACUCGGCAUCUUCCAAAAGAAAGACCAGGUGCUGAAGAGAACCAGCGACCAAAAAUUGCCAAUUUGAAAUCAUUCUGGGAGAAAGAAAACAUUGGUCCAAAGAUUUUGAUCAGCAAAUCUAGUGCUCCUGGUAUAACUGAACAAUUAAUCCCUAGUGAUGUUAGCAGAAAGCCGACUGAAUGUGUAGAGGACCAACAGAGAAGUGAACAGAGCUUGAAAGCAACAUUGCCAGGACAUCAAAAACAAGAGACCGUUGUGGAAGAUUUAGACCUUGAGAAUAUAGGGAGUGCUAACACCAUCUAUAAACCCCAAGUACCCAUCGUUACAGAUGAAUCAAAAGCGCAAUUGAUAUAUACUAAUCAGAAGAAUGACCAAAUACUUGCAAGCUCUCUCUUAGACAAAGUAGUUUCUCUUCCACGUUUAAAGUCAUCUUCACCAUCACUUGACAGUGGAUCCUUGCUAUUGGGUCAAAAUAGUGAUAGCAUGGGAGGCACAGUUAGCACACAUAGUAGUGAUGCAGAUCACACUUCUCCAAAGGAAUUAGAGGCAAAAUCAAAAACUGCAUCAAGAACCAAUCAAGUGCCUUCUGUUAAGCAGAAUUACCAGCAAGAGAACAUGGCAGAGAGAAUCAAGCAACUAAAGUCCUUCUGGGAGAAAGAAUCUAAAACAUCAGCAGCUCAAAUCAGAUCGACUACUACAGCUCGAUUGAACCAAAGAUUUACAAAGUCUGAGUUUGAUCUCAGAACAAUAGGUACAGAGUAUGAUGAUGAUGACGUUGAGGACAGUUCUUCAGCCAGAGAUAGACUGUCUCCUAAUUUCCCUGUGCAACCUCUACGGAAGGAUAAGCCAGUUGUGAUGGAUGGUAUGAGCACUUCACAGUUUAUGAACCUUCGUGACUUCUGGGGAGGACCACCUACAAAAUCAGGACGAAGGUCACCGGUCCUUGAAAGUGGAAUUCAGAGAUCUUUAAGUCCACAAAGUUCAAAAGAGAGAGCCAAUGUCAAAGACUUUGUUAAUGACAGCCAGAAUGGUAAAAUAUCCUCUCCAGCCAAAACUAGAGCAUUCCAGUCUCCCUCAAAGAAGAGAAUUAUGUCAAGACAAGAAUCAAAAAAUGAUCCGUCAAAUGGGGGCGAAGCAAUAUCCCUUGGAGUGUCUCAUUCUCUUCAUGCACAGAAAGGCUCUCAGAAUGCUUCAAAAGCCACAAUGGGACCUAAACCUCAGGCUGGUCAGGAGUCACGACCUCAGCAGGGUAGAAGAAGCAACAAAGGCAGUCUAAAUGGAAAAGCAAGUGCCAUGCGACGUGCCACCAGCAUGUUUUCAGUGAACACUGCAUUUGAGGAGCAAAGCCAGGACUUACAUCUUCAGUCCAAGAAAUCUCAGGGUCCCAAUAUGCAACAGGCCAAAAAUACACCAGAAGCUAGCAUUACACAGACCAGGAAGACACAAGAAGCUAGCUAUACUAUACCAAAAACAUCCCCAGAAAUCUCUUGGAGAGACAGAGACAAAAAUACUCAAAGAAGACCAUCACGUACCUCAGAGGAUUCCGACUCUCAACCUCUUGCUAGAUCUUUCAUUCCACGGGACUACCAACAUUACCUUGGAAUUACAGAAGACAGAAGUAUAUACACUCCACCUCCAGUUACAGAGCAGGUUGAUAAUUUUAUCUGCACUUCAUUUACAUCAUCUCCAGAGACAAAUUGCAGCUGUAAGUGUUCCCCAGUAAAAACCAGUACUCCAGUACAGGGUUCCCCCGACUUCCAAACCAGGAAAGGGAGCUUGGGACUCCACUCAACCACACAAACUGAUGGAAAUGCCACUAAGGGGAAUUCAAACCGUGAAAAUGAGAGUCCCGUUCUGAAAGCUUUGAGACAAGCUUCAUCUAGACCUGUGUACCAUAAGAGCAUGGAAGACAUCAGCCUUCAUCCUAGACAAGACCAAAAAUUCAAACAAACAAAUGACUAUAUGCAGGACAACUAUGAUGUUUCAGUUGCCCAGACUUCCUUUGCGACCUCAGACCCAGAGCACAUGAAGAAACUCAGCAAAUCAGUGCCCUCAUUUCUACAAAAAGAAAGUGAUGGAGGAGAGAGUGACUCAGAGAGCAGUUCCCGCAGUAGCGUCCCACAGUGGAAUAACAGACAAUUUACUAACCUCAGCAACUACUCUGGCUCCACCUCUGUUAGCGGCAGUGUUGCUAGCGUGUACAGUAGUGACUACAGCAGCGUUGACGUUCAAGGGAGCAUCCAGUUUUCACUAAACUACGUGCACAAGUUGCGGGAGUUUCAUAUCUUUGUUGUUCAGUGCCAGAAUCUGGCAGCAGUGGACAAGAAGAGGAAUCGAUCUGACCCGUAUGUUAAGAGUUACCUCAUACCUGAUUCUGCCAAUUUGGGAAAAAGAAAAACUGCUGUGAAAAAGAAAACACUGAAUCCUACAUACAAUGAGAUUCUUAGGUACAGAGUUCGAAUGGAGUACCUGAUGUCCCAGGUUCUCAACAUUUCAGCAUGGCACAAUGACACAUUUGGUCGUAACAGCUUUCUAGGUGAGAUAGAGCUUGACCUCUCCUCGUGGGAUUUUAACGACACAGAGAUGAAGCUUUUGCCUCUUAAACCAAGGAAUCUCAACUCACAGACCACAAACAGCCUCCAGCCAUCUGAAUUUAGAGGACAGAUGAGACUGGCCAUACGUUUCCUGCCUCAGAUCUCCCACUCAAAGAACAUUCCUGGCUCUGGUGAAGUGCAUAUCUGGGUCAAAGAAUGCAAGAAUCUCCCUCUAAUCAGAAGUCCAACUAUUGACCCAUAUGUGGAAUGCUUUGUACUCCCCGACACCAGCAAAAAGAGCCGUCAGAAGACUCGGGUUCUGAAGAGAACAGCCAACCCCAUGUUUAAUCACACAAUGGUGUAUGAUGGGUUCAAGGCGGAGGACUUAAAAGAGGCUUGUGUGGAGCUUACUGUUUGGGACCGGGAGCGUCUAGCCAAUCACUCGCUUGGAGGCCUGAGACUCGGCAUGGGCACAGGCAGGAGUUAUGGAGUAUUGGUGGACUGGAUGGACUCUACAGCAGAGGAGGUCACUUUAUGGAGGAGAAUGAUGGCAUCUCCCAAUGAAUGGGUGGAAGGCUUGCUACCACUGAGGAUGAUAACAGCAGCCAAAAACACAUGGAAAUGAGACUAAAGAGACUAUUAUCAAAGUCCACAUACAAUAUCUUGCAUUUUGUUAUAAUUUAUAGUAAAAUAGAUUAGGUUUCAUUAUUACGUCACAUAAAGAAAGACAUUCUGGUCCCCAUUACACCUGGGAUUAACACACUUUUCUUAUCCAGGUAGUAUUGUGUUAUUCUUCAGAUGGAUUUCAUUUACAUCUUCACUUCAAUGCGUGUCCAGUAUGACUGAACAGAGACCCAAAUUAACUUAACCUCAAGAAAUGUAAAAUGGCACUUACAUAUAUCCAGAGGUGGAUGUUGGGGCAAUUUUUCUAAUAUUAUCUUUUUUAUUAUAUUUUUUAAGAAGUUGUUGAAUUAUGUAGUUAAUGAGAAUACCUAUAUAUUUUGAAACAAACAAACAAACAGAACGCCAACAUUCAAAGCAAUGGCAAAAAAAGAAAAAAAUAUAUGAUAAUAAAAAAACACUAAAAAAUUGUUUAACCAGGAAAGGAGGAAGAUGCAAAAUGUGUGUAUAUUACACAAUGUUGUCUCCCAUUAUUGGAAUUGAAUUUUUUGCCAAGGAUGUGCAAAAUGUUCUGAUGGUGACUGCUUUAUUUGUAAAAUACACCUGUACUAACAUUGUAGAUAUACUGUACUACAUGCAAUGCUGGACACAUCUGAUAAAAGACCUUAUAAAAUAGCAAACUGAUUGCAUAAACAACAGAAAACUGUUUACCAUGCA